UUCCGUCCCUGGUCUGUAGGCGUAAGUUGUGCAGCUUUUCUGAAGCGUUUACUGACUUUAUUACGUCGUAAAGACAAUUAAGGCUCUAUCAGAAGAUGAUAAUCUGUGGCAUCAUCAGCGCCAUUCUCGGGCUCGUGUUGUACAUAGUGGGGAUAGCAACUAACGCUUGGAUGUCGGUGGGAUAUCAAGAGUCCGGACUGUGGCGGGUGUGUGGGACGAUCUUUGGAGUGACGCAGUGCGUACCUACGCUAGGUAUCAGUCUGCUGCCUGGUGCUUUUAACGCAGCCCGGGCCUUCGCCGUGAUCGGACUUGUGCUGCUCCUCCCCGGCAUAGCUGUGGCCUGCUUCGCCGCCAAGAAGAACUCCGACAAAGGCAAAAGACUGGUGGGGAAUGAUCAUUGCUGGAGGUCAGGAAUAUGCGGUGCCCUUGCUGGCGCCAUCUACGCCGGAUACGCCAAGUCGUACGCUAUUGCACCUGGCGUGUCUGUCCCGUUUGGCUACUCCUUCUACAUGAUCUGGGUGCAGGCGCUGUUCACGUGGGUGGGAGGCGGCGUCAUCACCAAUGCCGGGAGUAGUGACGUACAGGUGGAUCCAGAAGGACAAUAA